AAUAAGAAAGUUCAGUUGUGCGUAGUGUGUCUGGGGAGAAGGGAAGGAGAGAGAUCCGCACUCCCACUCUACUCGUUCCUGCGCGUAAAUAUAUAAGUACAUAGAACAAUACUGUUUUCGGAGAUCUGCUAAUUCUCCUCGUCUACACUUAUAUUUAGAUAGACGCAACAAUUAAUUUUAUCAGUGUGUUUUUAGUGGAAACGUAACAGAUCUCUGCACAAUGGCGCAGCCGCUUGUGAAGAAAGACGAUGAUCGUGAUGACGAAGUGGAUUACUCUCCAUUUUUGGGGAUUGAGAAGGGUGCAGUAUUGCAAGAAGCUAGGGUUUUUAAUGACCCUCAGUUGGAUACCAGGAGAUGCUCGCAGGUCAUCACAAAGCUUCUAUAUCUUCUGAAUCAGGGUGAAACACUCACAAAGGUUGAAGCUACAGAAGUAUUUUUUGCUGUCACCAAGCUGUUUCAGUCUAAAGACAUUGGUUUGAGAAGGAUGGUUUAUCUAAUGAUAAAGGAGCUUUCUCCCUCUGCAGAUGAGGUUAUCAUUGUCACAAGCUCCUUAAUGAAGGACAUGAAUAGCCGCACUGAUAUGUAUCGAGCAAAUGCUAUCCGUGUGCUCUGUCGAAUUACUGAUGGAACACUUUUGACACAAAUUGAGAGAUACCUAAAGCAAGCUAUUGUAGACAAAAGUCCAGUGGUUGCAAGUGCUGCCCUCGUGAGCGGUAUUCAUCUUUUACAGACGAACCCGGAGAUAGUCAAAAGAUGGAGUAAUGAAGUACAAGAAGCUGUUCAAUCUCGGGCUGCACUUGUACAGUUCCAUGCCCUUGCGCUGCUCCACCAGAUACGACAAAAUGAUCGGUUAGCUGUUAACAAGUUGGUUACCAGCUUGACUAAGGGUAGUAUUCGUUCUCCUUUGGCUCAAUGCCUUCUGAUUCGCUACACCAGUCAGGUUAUUAGGGAGUCAGGUGUUAAUCCCCAAACUGGAGAUCGCCCAUUUUAUGACUAUCUUGAGGGUUGUCUCCGUCACAAAGCAGAAAUGGUUAUCUACGAAGCAGCUAAGGCAAUCACAGAACUAAGCAAUGUGACUGCCCGGGAGUUGACUCCUGCCAUCACUGUUUUACAGCUUUUCUUAAGUUCUUCUAAGCCUGUCCUGAGGUUUGCUGCUGUCCGUACUUUGAAUAAGGUGGCUAUGACACAUCCCAUGGCCGUGACAAAUUGUAACAUAGACAUGGAAAGCCUGAUCUCCGACCAGAAUAGAAGUAUAGCAACUCUUGCCAUUACCACACUGCUGAAAACAGGAAAUGAAUCUAGUGUUGAUCGAUUGAUGAAACAGAUCACAAACUUCAUGUCUGAUAUUGCUGAUGAGUUCAAGAUUGUUGUGGUGGAAGCUAUAAGAUCGUUGUGUCUGAAGUUUCCACUGAAGUACAGAUCUCUGAUGAAUUUCUUAAGCAAUAUCUUGAGAGAAGAGGGUGGAUUCGAGUACAAAAAGGCAAUUGUCGAUUCAAUUGUGAUCUUAAUUAGAGAUAUCCCCGAUGCCAAAGAAAGUGGACUGCUGCACCUAUGUGAAUUCAUUGAGGAUUGCGAAUUCACGUAUCUUUCCACCCAGAUACUUCACUUUCUUGGAAAUGAGGGUCCUAAGACCUCAGAUCCCAGUAAAUAUAUCCGGUAUAUCUACAACCGAGUGAUACUUGAGAAUGCUACUGUCCGUGCCAGCGCUGUCAGCACUCUAGCAAAAUUCGGUGCUCUGGUUGAUCCACUGAAACCUCGCAUAUUUGUUUUGCUGAGACGUUGCCUUUUCGACAAUGAUGAUGAGGUUCGGGAUAGGGCUACACUGUAUUUGAACACUCUUGGAGAUGGUUCAGUCACUGAAACUGACAAAGCUGUGAAGGAAUUUUUGUUUGGGUCGCUUGAUAUACCACUGACAAAUCUUGAGACUAGUUUGAAAAACUAUUUACGGGAUCCCGCAGAAGAGCCUUUUGAUUUAUAUUCCGUACCCAAAGAGGUUAAAUCUCAGUCUUUUGCUGAGAAGAAAGCUCCAAGCAAAAAGCCUACUGGUUUGAGUGCUCAACCUGCUGCCCCCACUUCUGCACCUGAUGCUUAUGAGAGGCUUCUCUCCUCUAUACCUGAAUUUGCAAGUUUUGGAAAGCUUUUCAAGUCAUCAGCACCGGUGGAGCUUACAGAAGCAGAAACGGAGUAUGCAGUAAAUGUUGUCAAGCACAUAUUUGACCGCCAUGUGGUGUUUCAGUACAAUUGCACGAAUACAAUACCAGAACAGUGCCUUGAAAAUGUCACCGUUAUAGUUGAUGCUUCUGAAGCUGAGGAGUUUGCUGAAGUAGGAACCAAACCUUUAAAAUCUCUUCCAUAUGAUACACCGGCCCAAACAUUUGUGGCAUUUGAGAAACCUGAAGGCGUCCCUGCAGUUGGGAAAUUCUCAAACGUGUUGAGAUUUACAGUUAAAGAGGUUGAUCCCUCUACUGGUGAGGCUGAAGACGAUGGUGUGGAAGAUGAAUACCAGCUCGAGGAUUUUGAAGUUGUUGCUGCAGAUUAUAUUCUUAAACUUGGGGUCUCUAACUUUAAGAAUGCCUGGGAAAACAUGGACCCUGCUUCUGAGCGUGUAGACGAAUAUGGUCUCGGGCCUAGAGAAAGCCUUGCAGAAGCAGUGAAUGCAGUCAUCAUUCUUCUCGGCAUGCACCCUUGUGAGGGUACGGAGGUGGUCCCCAGCAACUCAAGGUCACAUACAUGUUUGUUAUCUGGUGUCUACAUAGGCAACGUAAAGGUGCUGGUCCGUUUGUCAUUCGGGAUUGAUGGGACAAAAGAGGUGGCAAUGAAGUUAGCUGUGAGAUCCGAGGAUGAGAGUGUUAGUGAAGCGAUUCAUGAAAUAGUUGCUAGUGGGUAGUCUUCUUAUCCCCCAUUUUUGUAUUUCUUGGCGAGGGAACUGCCUUUUUGAUAGAUUAAUUCGGUCUUACAAGUUACAAUGCACUAUGAUUUUGUUGCGUAAUUGAGUUGAGAGCUGUACGGUGGACGAUAGAUCUUGGAUGGCUUUGGCUUUCCGUUGGCCUGGCCAGUGAAUUUGGCUGGCUGGGGAUAUUCAUAUAUUUUUUUGAUUAAUUUCCCUUGAAUAAUGAAUUACAUCUGGUGACCUUAUUUUAA